UUUAUCCGCUGCACGUCCGCUAUGAAACGCUGGAGACUGUUUGCGUGAAAGGGACUAAAAAAAGGGACCUAAUUUCUCUUCAAAUUAACUCGGCUUGUGUCUUGUCGACAUGUUGCUGUUUUGCCCCACCUGUGGGAAUGUUCUAAUCGUCGAAGAAGGCCAGAAAUGUAUGAGGUUCGCCUGUAACACCUGUCCGUAUGUGCACAACAUCACCAGAAAGGUAAACAACAGAAAAUAUCCCAAGUUAAAAGAGGUGGAUGACGUUCUCGGCGGCGCUGCAGCGUGGGAGAACGUGGAUUCAACUGCAGAAACGUGUCCCAAGUGUGAGCAUCCCCGGGCUUAUUUUAUGCAGAUCCAGACCAGAUCCGCUGACGAGCCCAUGACAACUUUCUACAAAUGUUGCAAUGCACAGUGUGGACAUAGAUGGAGAGAUUAACUCUUCUGGAAUAAGAAUGAUCAAAUCAUUAUCAGACUCUGCUUUGUCUCUUGAGUGUUUUCCUCCCAAAUAAAGGUCAUGUUUAUAUGCAACAGUCACUUGUCAGGCAUCGGGAAUUUUCCAGAUAAUCAACAGAGCUUUCUCCAGUACUUUUAUUGAUAAAAUAUUACCUGUUUACAGUCAAGUAAACUCUUACAUUGUUGUACAUUAUCACAGACAUUAUAGCAAUGCAUUUUUCACAAUAAGAACGUUUCAUUGCAAUCCUUCAGCUCAAAUAUUGUUUCACACUGAUUUGUCAGCCUCAAGAAAAGUAUAACUAAAUAAAAAUCAGAUGCACAUUGACUCAGGUAGCUAACCAGCAGAGUUACUUGCUUGAAGUGAAGGUCAGGCAGAUGUACUCUCGAUAGGCAUUAGUGAACAAAGGACUGGACAUGCAAUGAUGGUAUCAUCAUUCACUGGCAGCAGACAAUUCAGUAGGAAAAA